GAGGGCCUUGAAUCCAGCACCAAACGCAGCCAAAUCUUAGAAAAGAAUAGGCAUGUCGCCAUGGGAAGAAAGAAAUUCAACAUGGACCCUAAGAAGGGUAUCCUGUUCAUGGUACAAAACAAUCUUCUCCGGCACACGUCUGAGGACAUCGCCCAGCUCCUAUACAAGGGAGAGGGGCUGAACAAAACAGCCAUUGGGGAUUACCUGGGUGAGAGAGACGACUUCAAUAUCCAAGUCCUCCAAACAUUUCUUGGGCUUCAUGAAUUCGCAGGGUUCAACCUGGUACAGGCUCUCAGGCAGUUCCUCUGGAGUUUCCGUCUGCCAGGAGAAGCACAAAAGAUUGACAGGAUGAUGGAGGCCUUUGCGCAGAGGUACUGUCAAUGUAAUCCUGGAGUCUUCCAAAACAUUGACACCUGAUAUGUACUUUCAUUUUCCAUAAUCAUGCUAAACACUAGCCUUCAUAAUCCAAAUGUGUGAGACAAGCCCAGUGUGGACAGGUUCAUCUCCAUGAAUCGAGGAAUCAAUGAUGGAGGCAACCUGCCAGAUGAUCUCCUCCGAAAUCUUUAUAAGAGCAUAAAGAAUGAGCCAUUCAAGAUUCCUGAAGACAAUGGGAACAAUGCCUUCUUCAACCCUGACAGAGAGGGUUGGCGCUUCAAAAUGGGAGGAGGACGGGUGAAAACAUGGAAAAGGCGGUGGUUCAUCCUGAUGGAUAACUGCCUUUACUACUUUAAACAUACUACGGAUAAGAAACCCAGGGUGAUCAUUCCGCUGGAGAAUCUGAGCAUCCGUGAGGUGAAGGAUCUCAGGAAGCCUAACUGCUUUGAACUGUACAUCCCUAACAACAGCAGACAGCUGAUGAAAGCCUGCAAAACGGAGGCGGACGGCCGCCUGGUAGAGGGCAAUCAUGUGGUGUACCGCAUCUCGGCGCCAACCCCUGAGGAGAAGGACAAGUGGAUACAGAGCAUCACUGCUGCUGUGAGCACUGACCCUUUUUAUGAGAUGCUGGCAGUAAGAAAAAAACGGCUGAAUAAAUAAAUAACGAUAAAGACUGUGUGAAUAUGGUUGGAUGUGCUAUUGCAGAAAGUAUUUAUUUCAGAACAAGGAACU